AUGUCAAUGGAUGCAAAGCUUCUUCGAUCGGUCGCCGCAUGUAUUUUCAAGACACCUUUCUCCCUCAAUGGAAUCAACCAGCCGAUAUUUGACUACACUUAUUAUCUUUAUUAUCAACUCAGCCUCUCUCAGAAAAUCGAGAAGUCCAGCCUCGUGUCACUGCUGAAUAGGUUUGCCAGCAAACGAUUUGCAGACCCCUUGGAUAGAGUGUUCUCAUUAUUGUCGCUCUCUUAUGCGGGCAACAUUCAAGUAAACGACGAAAUCCCUGCGGAUCAUUUGGCAUACGAGCUACUGCGAAACCACAAGGGGCAGCUGUGCAUCUGCUCAGUGAUGGUCGUUAUGCGGGCGCUCCAGCACGAGGAUCAACGACAGUUGCGUGACUGGGAGGACUUCUACGACCAGGGGAGACAUGAUGCGCCUUGGAUCGAGUUCGUUGUGCCCGCAUCCGAGCUCAAAUUUCAUCGGUACGACUCGGACAAGAUCUCGAAGAAUCUCCGUUUCCUGAACUCUCAGCUGUACAAGAUACCGCAUUUGGUCGAAUUCAGUGAGAUAUGCCAGUUUGCAGGUAUACGCAACUUUUCCCAGGGUCGCGGCGACCGCACGCCCAAGUGA